UUUGAGAGCCACUGCGUUCGGCGUGUAGGGGCGUCGUUGCUGCGUGCAAUGUGUAUCGUGUAGGCGUUGGCGAGGAGGAGACAAGUCGGGGAUGUGUCCGUAAAAAAACUUGCGGUUUCUGCGUACUCUGCCGCACGUGCACGCUCGAAAUCGUGUUCCGCGAACCAGGGAUAGCCGACGAAAUUUUAUUAUGAGCCCGUAUCGGCCGGGACUGUCGCGCGAACGGGCCUAACAAUUACGGUCAGGAAAAAAAAGUGCAGCCAGUGCUCCGUAUUCUUUCGUUUCUCACAAAGAGCCACGUAUCGCGCGUGUAUACCUCUGUUUCUUGUCUAUUGAAACGAAGAAAAACGAAUUCAAAAAGGAAAUCGUCGAUUCGACCGGAGGAGAACGAACGACCAAGUACAGAAACGACGCUCGUAUCAGGAUGCCAGGACGUCUUCGAAGGGCCAUUGAGACGACCAGUGUUACUCGCGCGAGUUAAUUUCAAUUCCAUCCGUGAGAGACGAGAUUCGUACAGUCUUGAACAACGUACGAAUUAUUAGCUGGAGAAAGAAACAGGGCGAGACGGAGGAGAGAAACCCGAGCGGAGAGCGUGUGUACAGGAGAUGUUUGAAAUCUCGAAAAGAGAUCCUGGUGCGGGAGGAUUCGACUAUCAGCGGCUACGAUCGAACGUAUUAUCGCACGCUGGAUUCUUCGGCGUGUGAGACGGCAAUCACCGGUCGUAAGGAUUUCUUCGUGUGAACGCGGCUGACUGUGUGCGUGUUUUUCCCGGCGAGGAAAUCUCGGCUCUGCGGCGGCGGCGGCAGCGACGGUGUCUGCUGGCAUGAGAUUUUAUUGUCGCUCAGUCGGCACGCUUUCGUGGAACUAUCAACGCCGAAUACACGCCACGCAAUUCGUACGAUUUUUUUAGCGUGGCAUUUUUCCUUGUCUCUCGAAGGAAAUUGACUAACUGGCGAGAAGAGAAUACGUUCCAAAAAAGAUUUUCCGAGUGGUAUUCGUAUUCUUCCGUUCGCGUUCGAUGCUCAACGAUAGUAUUAUUACACGAGUGACAGUACGAUUCGUACCGACGUAAGAGAAUCCCGAUUCGCGUGCGUGAACGGAUUGUGCAGCAGGAACGUGGUGUGGUAGACAAGGAGGGUGGAUGACGAAUUCGUGUAUUCGUCGCCGGUAUUAAGUCGUGCGUCAAAGCUUCUUGGAAUGUGACGGGUGACUCCCAGCGUGGGAAAUAUCGUAGAAAAGGGGACGUCACCGACUGCUGAGCGGCAAGAGACGAAAAAUCAGCUGCCUGGUGAAUCGUCGGAUCGAGCAGAGACAAGAGCACAGCAUAACGCGCACUGAGAUCACGCAGAGGUGACUAACAUGACUUAAUCAAGCCAACAGAGGUUAGUCAUUCUGAACACGCGUUCUCCAGGAGAAGGGCCCCGACAUGCCGCAAUACACCGGACAGAGUGAUGCAGAUUACCACGGAAGUAACGGCCAGGCGGACACCCAUUCGUUGCAUUCGUCCCAUUUGUCUGUCCAGGAGGAUCCAUUACUCAUCCGGAGCCAUAAGCAACAAACCACUCAACAAGUAACGAACGUGUCGAAGGUGGUCCGCGAGGUUUCCCACAUGGAGCCGGAUCCAGGGGCGGUGAGCUACAUGUCGGUGCCGUUGAUGUCUCAGGAUUACCAGCAUGCGGAUCCACGGUAUCCGACCGACUCCUAUAUUGUCGGUUUCGAGCAUUACGAGCCAUAUCUUGGCUAUCCGCCGCAGCCUGGUUACCCGGGUCCUCACGGUAUCUACAUGCCACGCUCGCAUUCUCCUCACAGUCCUCACAGUCCUUCGGAGCACAGUCGUGCAUCACCGCCGCAUGAAUACCUGCGCAAGGCGGCACCAUACGUGGAAGGCGGUUACAACGACAUCGAUCCAGGUCUGAAUCCCGCGUUGCAAGAUCAUUAUCGUAUCACUCCUAGUCCCGGAGGUCCUGGAGAUCAAUAUGAUCAAAUCAGCAACUCUUGGAAUAUGGAUGACUCUGGCGAACCCUCUCAGCAUCCUCAUGACGAGAACAAAGUGGCCUACGGUUACGUGUCUCCGUCCCCCUACGGACCCGUCGGAUACGGCCCUGUCGUCGGCGUGGGUCCAGUGCCAGUUCCUAGCGACAUACCCGCCUACGACGAGGGCCAUCCGGUUCCCUUGACCUCUGGAGUUCCACCAGGCAUGUUCGAGGACGAGGUACACCUUCAACGGUUACAGUCCCGGCAUCCAGUUGUACCCGGUAUGGCCAGCCCUCUGGACGACGAUCAAAAGUCUAUGAGAUGGAGGGAUCCAAAUCUAUCGGAGGUGAUAGGCUUCCUCAGCAAUCCGAACAAUAUAAUCAAGGCGAAUGCAGCGGCGUAUCUGCAGCAUCUCUGCUACAUGGACGAUCCUAACAAACAGAAGACGCGAAGUCUAGGUGGUAUACCGCCUUUGGUGCAACUGUUGGAUCACGAUAAUCCGGAUGUGUACAGGAACGCUUGUGGUGCGUUGAGGAAUCUGUCGUACGGAAGGCAGAACGACGAGAACAAGAGGGCCAUCAAGAACGCUGGCGGAGUGCCGGCAUUGAUCAAUCUUUUACGCAGGACGUCUGAUGCGGACGUGAAGGAGCUGGUCACUGGGGUGCUGUGGAACCUGUCCUCUUGCGAGGAUCUCAAGAAAUCCAUCAUCGACGACGGUGUAACGAUGGUGGUGAACAACAUAAUUAUACCGCACAGUGGCUGGGACCCGAGUUCUUCCAGCGGGGAGACCUGUUGGUCGACCGUGUUCAGAAACGCUUCCGGGGUAUUAAGGAACGUGUCCAGUGCCGGGGAGUACGCGAGGAAGAAGCUGCGCGAAUGCGAGGGUCUGGUCGACGCCUUGUUGUACGUGGUGCGAUCUGCUAUAGAGAAAUCAAACAUCGGCAACAAAAUUGUGGAGAAUUGCGUGUGCAUUCUACGAAACUUGAGCUACCGUUGCCAGGAAGUGGAGGAUCCGAAUUAUGACAAGCAUCCGAUUCAAUCGACGGUGCAGAACAGGGUAGCGGCACCGGCCAAAGGUGAGAACUUGGGCUGCUUUGGUGGUAGCAAAAAGAAAAAGGAUGGUCAGCCAGUUCAGAAGGAGACCACCGCGUCGAGAACCACCAGUCCCAGAACAGAACCUGUCAGAGGCAUGGAACUACUCUGGCAACCAGAAGUGGUCCAGUCCUAUCUGAAACUUCUGAACACUUGCUCGAACCCAGAGACCCUUGAGGCAGCCGCUGGAGCCCUUCAGAAUCUUGCUGCUUGUUACUGGCAGCCUAGCAUCGAGAUUCGUGCGGCUGUGCGCAAAGAAAAGGGACUUCCUAUCCUGGUAGAGCUGCUGCGAAUGGAGGUGGAUCGUGUGGUCUGCGCAGUGGUCACAGCGCUCAGAAAUCUCGCGAUAGAUCAACGCAACAAAGAGCUAAUAGGAAAGUACGCGAUGCGCGACCUGAUACAGAAGUUACCUUCAGGAAACAACCAGCACGACCAGGGUACUAGCGACGAUACCAUCGCCGCGGUCCUUGCCACUUUAAACGAAGUUAUCAAGAAGAACGCCGAGUUCUCGAGAUCCCUGUUGGACGCUGGUGGAGUGGAUAGAUUGAUGAACAUCACCAGGCAACGUCAGAAGUACACGCCUCGUGUUCUUAAAUUCGCAGGUCAAGUUUUGUUCACGAUGUGGCAGCAUCAAGAACUGAGGGACGUUUACAAAAAGCACGGAUGGAAGGAGCAAGAUUUCGUAACGAAAACGGUGGCAGCACGAAAUUCAGGGCCUAAUUCACCCAAUAACGCGAAUAGCACACUGAACCGACCUAUGGCGAGCCAAGGGAGCACCAGAUACGAGGAUCGAACGAUUCAAAGGGCGAACAUGAAUUCGAACAACGUUGGACGACCGACUAUCUAUCAGCCACAACCGAAACCCGGUGAGCCGCUCUACGCGCAAGUUAACUUGGAGAAGAAAAAGAAGCGGCAGUAUGAGCUGGGGGUGGGCCAGGGCCAGGGUCAGGGCCCGGUGGUUCCUGGAGUAGGAGUCGCGGCCGGUGCACCCACGGCUGGCCAGUGGGUGGCCGAUGGAGUGGUGGGUGUCCCGGAUGGUUCAGCUAGCACCGCGACGGUGAACGUGCCACCGAACUCGACGGCUGCCUCUGCCGGUGAUUCAUGGGUAUAACAGGGUGUACAGUGUCCAUUGGAAGCCCGGCAAGCUGGUGUCCUAACCUUGAGCCUAGAUUCGCGUUGCCAGCGACAAAUUGGGACUCUGAUCCGCGGGAACUCGGUGCCAGAAAACAUAGUUUCGCCGAGUUCAGCGUAGAAGACCGGAUAGGGCAUUCAGGAUGAAGAGGCGGUUAAUCCAUGGGUACAACAAGAUAUGGUGUCCCUUGAGUCUAGUCUCGUGUCGCCAACAGCACUUGGAUAUUUGCUGUCUGCAAGAUUGAGGUUCACGUUGAUGAUUCCUGAACGUAACAGGGUGGUCCAGCCGGAUGGUGUCUCCUGAGGUCUAGACUUACGGUAGACAUAGGAGGACUCGGUGUUCGAAAGGUGUUGAAUUUUCAAGAUAGAAGACUGGAUAGGGCAUUGGAUGUUGAAGAGAGGAAUGAUAGUGAUGAUCGAACAGAGGGAAACGGAAGACUGAGGACAAGAAGGGUAUAGAGGUGUAUAGAGCUGAGAGGACUUCCUUGAACUUGGAUCUAUCCGGAGAAAUCUAAAAGAAAAGCAUUGCACUCCGCACCCCACGUUUCUUUCGGUGUAAAGUAGGUGGAAAGCGACUUGUCCAACCACAUCCGCAGCAGUAGUCGCACUAAUGGCUCUAAACCUUCAUUGCACAAUUCUAAAUUAAUAUAUGUAUACAUACUAUAUAUAUAUGGAUACAUACAUAUAUGUAUGUAUGAUUUAAGGCGGCGCUAUCGAUGGCCGCAGAAGUACUACUAAGAAUAAGUAGACGGUAUUAUUAAUAAUAAUAUAAUUAUUGAUUAUACAGGGUGUCUCUGAUCUGGUGGAACAAUUAGAAAUCUAUAUGAAAGAGUAAGUAGAAAAUAUAGAGCGGUAUUUUUUCGUAUGAAGCUUCAUUACUGAAAAUUUCGAUAAAUUUUCAACUUUGAUUUAUUCAGAAACAAACCAUUCUACGAGAAAAUGUUAUUCUACAUUAUCGAUUUACUUUUUGACGUAAAAUCAUCCCCCUUUUGAUUAUGCCACCAGAUUGAAAGCAUCCCGUAGAAACACGGUGCUCGCAUCGUGGCUAUAAAUACAGGAAGGUAUAAGUGAAUGAAUAUAUAAAUAUAUUAUAGAGACACACAUUAUAUACACACGCGUACGCGUAUCGAUUACUACAUUAUUGUAUUAUGUAAACUUCUGAGGCUGUGGGUGUGGCAUAUUACGAGGAUGCCGAACAUUAGCGAGCUGCAAUUCGUUUCUUCCGGUUCUCAAAUCGUUUGACGAAUGAAAGAAAGACAGGAAAAGAGAGAGAGAAGGAAAAAGAAAGAGCGGUUGUAUGUGUUCACGCGUUUGUAUGUUUGAUUUUUGAAUGAUUUCUUUCGUCUGCUUGCCCGUGAAACUGUCCACUCACGAAAGAAGCACGUAUUGCGUCUAUAAGUCUCUGUUCUCUUGUUCUCGAGCGAAAGAAAAACGUAAAGAUUAACGAUAAAUGAUGAACAGAUGUAUAAUGGGAGGAUCACAUGGUGAUUACUCGCAAAUUAUUACGAUUCUUACGUAUUCUUCUUCGUAUAUUGUAGAGUGAUAUAUCGCGCGAGACCAAGUAAAACAAAAAAGAAAAUAUGUGAGAAGAAUGAAAGAGACAGAGAAUGUGAUGUUUCAAUGUUAUUAUCGAAUGUUUGACAGAGAUAUGACAUUAUUGAUAGCCGAUAUACAUAUUAUAUAUAUAUAGAUAUAUAUACAUAUAUAUUAUAUAUAUACAAAUAAAUAUAUCCUUGUUCUAUUUCUUAAAAUAAUAUUAUUACGACAGUUGAAUCGAGUGUGCAAGUGAUUUAGCCACGUGAAAGUAUAACAGCAACACGUUAUAGCGCGCGUAUCUUCUUUUCAUUCAUUGAAUGUUAUAUACGUACAUACGGUGUGUCUCAAAAGAUUCCUUGUAUUAAAACGAAUCAAAAAGUUCUUUACCGUUUUGCAAUAUACUGCUCCGUUCUCGAGAUAUACGCGAUUAAAGAAUCGAAUCUUCGACUUCCGGGUUCCUCAACGGCACCCCGGAAGUGCAAUCUUUAAUCGCGUGUAUCUCGAAAACGAGGCUGCAGAUCGAAAAACGGUAAAGAACUUAUCGGUUCAUUUUGACACGUAGAAUCUGUUUUCGUGUUGUUUCACUUUUUUUGAGGCAUCUUGUGUACAUCGGUCAAAAAUUUCAGGCUUAUCACAACUAUUAUAUUUGUCGGAUAAAUUGGGAUACCGAAUACUUCUAUUUAUGAAAAUUUCUUCAAACAUAAUUCUUAAAUGUUAAAAGAGAAUGGUUUAAAAUUUUUGACCGGUAGUGUAUAUAUCAACGUUCGGUGGUGUGCAUGUCAGGAUCAAGGUAAAAUGGAUCAAUCUCGUCGAUCGUCUCGUUCAACCGGUCCAAAUGUUCAUCAGAAGGAUAUCUCCUUCGAUUUCUCUCAUCUUCGUAGCUGUCCAGCCUAGUUUUGUACAUAUUCAUCUCUCCUCUCGAGGCGACACGAUUAGGUCGUCGUUCAUCGUCGAACGAGCGACGAGAUCGAUAUUAAACCGUCGUGAAAUAAUGAAUUUAUUGAAUGAAGAUGAUCGUAAGGAUCGUUGAUAUGCCACUCGAAACGUGUGUCGUCGUUACUCUGCCAUGUGUAUCAGUGCGAUCGUUUCUAUUGUAAGACGACGUAACGUUUGUUAUUGAUAUUGUAACAGUGUACGUAUGGGAUGAAACAGCAUAAACUUUCAAGCCGGUAUAAACUGAAUAGUUUUAAAUAGUACGUACUGUUGAAAUUUGCAAGUUUUUACGAAUUAGAAAUAAUGUUAUAACGAUGUUUCAAUCUUGUAUCGAAGACAUAUCUUCACGUUCGAAUUCAUACACCAGUGAUAUCGAUUUUUAUCCCAUGGUACUCUGAUUACAAUGUCGCGACGGAUUUCAGCGGGAAAGCAAGCAACGUAACCGAGUCUCUCCGCGAAUCGAGAGACAUCCUUCGAGCUUAUUGUUCGAGACUGUUACGCAGAAUCCUCUUUAGAGAGAACUUUGGACCAUUCCGCUCGAUGUGACACGCACGGCUCAGCGAGUUAAAUACACGCUCCUCUCGACUCGUGUUACGUAUCGAACAAUUAUCGAUGCGACAUUUUCUUCGCAUCAUUUCUAAAAUUUCGUAAUUGAGAUUCUCCUUGCGAUCGAAUUUACGAUAGCACGGUGAAAUAUUGAAGGAUUCAUUGAUUUUGGGAGCAAGGAUUCGAAAUAUCGAGACACGAGUCGAGAUUCUUAAUCGUGCAAAAAGAAAAAAAUAAUGAGUAUCCUCGUGUUCCUAGAUCGUUGUAGGAUCGACAGGAACGAAUCGACGUUUUGAUAUCCGCUUUAUAUCGUUUCCAUGUGACAACGUUUCUAAUUUUCUACGAGGAUUAAGGAGGACGAAAGAGAGGAAUCGGUGGAGGGAGACGCGACGAAGGAUUUUGUAGAAAGUAAUUAAUCCUGGAGGCUGACCAGCGACAAUGAAAUUUCUAUUUCGUACAGAUCGAAGGAGAAAACGUUCUGUCGCGCUGUGUCGAGGAAAUAUGAAUUUUAUCUUUGUUUCUUAAGAGAAAGGAAUACCUUAACAUCGACACAUUGACUCGAUUUUUAAUAUUCAUAAAUAUUAAUCUUUUAGAAGAGGUAUCUUCUGUUGGCUUUGUCGCAAAGAGGGAAAACGUUCCCUUAUUGUUCUUUGACGGUAUAUCAAACUCGAACAGCUAUGCAAAAAAGAACGACGAACAAUCGUCUCGAUGUUCCAACGUUCUCUCAAUCGUUAAUUAAUCGAGUCACGCUCUGAUCGAUUAAUCCUUCGGGUAAAUCUGAUUUCCUCGGCACAGUCGUGCAACGGCCUCGUUGUAUCCUGAAAAGUAUGCCUCGUGAACGAUUACAAAGGGUAACUUCAUCCCCCUUUUCGAUUCACCUGUUACUAUAUACAGGGUGUCUGUCUAUUAUACAUAUAGCGACAAGGUGUUGAUUCUAUAUUAAAAAUAUAUAAUGAAAUUUUUGUUA